AUGGUCCAUCAACCAAGUUCCUGGGAGCUCUCUCUUGAUCGUACGAAGCAGCAGUUUCGUGACCAUCAACAAGAGUAUCAUUAUAACGAUGGGAGUAGGGCUUCCACCCAGCUACCAGGUUCGAUGCAAACCAGCUCCGAAGUGAGAACCAACACGAAUCCUGAUUAUAAGCAGAACACUUGCUAUAAUAGCGAGCUCCCCUUCGAUUCAUGGUUCGAGUCUGUUACUAAAGCGGUCGGUCCCCACGGAGAACAUACCUCACGCGUUCCAUCAAAAGAGGGUAUGCAGAUAUUUGACUAUGCACAAAAGCCUAGCAAUUUGUCGUCAGAAGUGAGUCUAGCGUUCAACGCUAGAUAUACAUCCAUUGCAACAUCUGGUAGAGUUUACAAUGAGGAUUAUCCAGGUACCAUGAUCCAAUACCUUGGAAUGAAGACUGGGAGGCAGAUCGGAUCUAACACUUCCUCAUUUGAUGAAAGUCACACUCGAUCUAUUUCAACUUCUUCGGGUCCAAGUUUAUCAUCCUCGUUUGCAUCGACUGCAUCGACAGACAUUACGACGCCAGUGCUUGAGGGAAACCACUUCCACAUACCCAAGUGGGAUAGAGGUAUGCCACCCAGGAUGCUUGGUGACACCACAAACGGUUUUCAUAGAUACGAAACAUUGGCCAAGAUGCCUCAAGACGUCUCGGUGCUAGAUAAAUAUCCAGUGCACGAAGAUGUGGAUAAGAAAGCAACCGAGUUCAUCCCGUCAGCAAUCCUCAAAGGGGGGAGCCGUCCGCCCAAUCCCGAAAUGAUUCGUAAAGCUGCAGAAGUUGGUCUUCCUUCCAAUCCGAAUUAUAAAGGCGAACUCACAAACUUCAAUUUCCGCAAUGCGAUGUGUCUCGACCACGAAAAUUGUUCUGUGAGAAUCCAUAAGAUUCCUCCAGAAGCUAAUCAUUCUGAGAUCUUCGCUGUAAUCACCCAUGGCAAGGUUUUUUCAUUUAACUACACCCCUGCCGUCAAAGGACUUUUCACUCACGCUGCUGCCGAUCUUGUCUUCCUCACACGAGAAGCAGCACAAGACCUUUUUCACAACGCCAAGUUCGGCCGUGGCCUAUUUAUCCGCGGGGAAAGGCUCAUAGUUAUGUGGAACAGGAUCAAAGUGAUGCCGGCGGAAGGUCGAUAUGAAAAAAUGUCAAGAGUGGUCAGAAUUAAGGGUCCAGCCGCAGAAUUAUCGACAAAAUUUGUUGAAGAAUUCUUUCGGAGCAGAUUUGAGUUCAAUCUUGUCGCGAACAAAGAAUGGGUCCAGCGAGAUGGGUGGAAAAUUAUCGAAUUGGCGUUUUCGUCUAUCCGUAGUCAAAGUGAGUCGGCAGUAAAAAGUUUCAACCUUCACAUCGAACAAAAGAUGCCGAAUGCUGGAUAUCGUAUCUGGUAUGCUCCUGAUCCAUGCUUCAAGCUUGAGCGCAUAGGAAAUUUUCGAUUAUCCUGA